CCCUUUUCCCAACACAUUUCUGGUUGUUUUGUUUCUCUCUCUCCACAGUUGGAAAGUGCGUAGCGCGUUCUCGCCGGCAACUCUCCUUAUAUCUAGCCGAGUCACAAGCGCCAAAGAAAUGAAUCACAAAAUCACAGAAAAAAAAGUUGGUUGAAUGAUAGAUACGCACAGAAACAAAUUCAAUCAUUUGGGUUUGUAGAAAACCCGGGUCAGUAGCUUUCGGUUGGAGCUUCUUUUUUCUGCCCCUUUCCCCCUCUCGUCAGCAAGCUGAUAUACUUUACUUAUGACACGAAUAAAACACGUCGUGCAGGAAUUUUGAUUCUUGGUGCGCGAAGCAAAUUCUAAAACAUGGCUCUCGACAACAUAAUAACUUCACCUCAUCGGAGGUCGCAGACACAGACUGCGUUCUCUCCACCUUCACCUAGAAAGCAACACUUGCGAGACACAGAAUUGGGGAACUGCGCAACCCUUGUUCAGAGACAUCGGUUUCUCCUGACUGCUCUUGCCCUCCUCGUAGUUCUGUGCAUUAUUUAUCUUUACUUUGCUGUGACUCUUGGGGCUGCUGCCGAUGCAUGCUCCGACUUGGCGGGGGCUCAAAAGGCGUCGUGUCAUCUUCAGUUGUCGAAAGCAUCGGCAGCAAAGGGAAAACUAAAAUUCCUUUAGCAAAAUGACUAUUUAACGCUACUUUGCCCUGUCUCCGGAGUUAGUGCCAAAAUUGUUUGAAAUACCCUAGGCUUAUUUUAUUCCUUGGCAAGCUCACUGAUUUUUGGUGUAUAUGCUAUGCACAAAGCAAUUUGCUUUGUAAACAAUUUUUCUAUGUAACUUAUACUUGUGAAAUUUGUAUUUCUAAAUUUUCUUUUUAAUUGUAUUCAACCGAUGAUAGUAUUUUAUUUC